CUAUUAACAUUUUCUCCCCCACCCCCUGCCACAUCGGAACGGAGAGGGAAAAAAAAAUUUACCUACUGAAAUUCAUUCAGUACGCUUUUGGAGGAAUUUUUUUCUUCUCUUCCUUUCCUUCUACUUGGGAAGAAGAUCGCCGCACAACCCGUCGACAGGUCAAUUUUACAUCUCGACGUCUUCGACCUCACCCCGUCCUGCUCAGCCUUCUCUUGCCUGAUUUUCGGGUUUCCGUGCUCGCAGGAUGCCUUCCAUCAACGGAGCCGUCCCGGUCAACGGCAACACCAAGUUUCGGGACUACCACAGCGCUAUCGAGGCCUUGGGGGAAUAUCAGUCUCGCGAUGGCCUCGGCAUCGAGGAGCUCACAGACACGAGGCAGCGUGGCGGUCUGACCUACAAUGACUUCCUGGUCUUGCCCGGUUACAUCGGUUUCCCUGCGUCUGAGGUCGUGCUGGACUCGCCCAUCACCAAGCGUAUCACCCUCAAGACUCCCUUCGUGUCGUCCCCCAUGGACACUGUAACGGAGCACGAGAUGGCCAUCCACAUGGCCUUGCAGGGCGGUCUGGGCGUCAUCCACCACAACUGCUCGCCCGACGCCCAGGCCGACAUGGUCAGGAAGGUCAAGCGAUACGAGAACGGUUUUAUCAUCGAUCCCGUCGUCAUCAGCAAGCAGACCACCGUCGAGGAAGCCAAGGCGCUCAAAGAGAAGUGGGGAUUUGGCGGCUUCCCUAUUACUGAGUCCGGCAAGCUUGGCUCCAAGCUCCUGGGCAUCGUUACCAACCGUGACCUUCAGUUCGAAGAGAAUCUUAGCCAGGCGGUCGACAAGGUCAUGGUGACGGAGCUCACCACCGCCCAGCUCGGCGUGACCCUGCCUGAGGCCAACAAGAUCCUUGCGAAAUCUAAGAAGGGCAAGCUACCCAUCGUAGACAAAGACUUCAACCUUGUGUCCAUGAUCUCCCGGUCCGAUUUGACCAAGAACCUGCACUUCCCGCUCGCCUCCAAGCUCCCCGACUCCAAGCAGCUCAUCUGCGCAGCCGCUAUCGGCACCCGACCAGAGGACAAGAUCCGCCUGCAGAAGCUAGUCGACGCCGGCCUCGACAUCGUCGUCUUGGACAGCAGCCAGGGCAACAGCAUGUAUCAGGUCGACAUGAUCAAGUGGAUCAAGCAGGAAUACCCCGGCCUCGACGUCAUCGGCGGAAACGUCGUGACUCGUGAGCAGGCCGCGACCCUAAUCGCUGCGGGCGUGGACGGGUUGCGGAUCGGAAUGGGUAGCGGAAGCGCCUGCAUCACCCAGGAGGUCAUGGCCGUCGGCCGUCCCCAGGCGGCCGCGGUGUACUCGGUCUCGUCGUUCGCGGCGCGAUUCGGAGUGCCGUGCAUCGCCGACGGCGGCGUCCAGAACGUCGGCCACAUCGUCAAGGGCCUGGCGCUCGGCGCGUCGACGGUCAUGAUGGGCGGCCUGCUGGCGGGCACGACGGAGUCUCCAGGCACGUCGUUCGUCUCGCGCGAGGGCAAGCUCGUCAAGGCGUACCGCGGCAUGGGCAGCAUCGACGCGAUGCAGGACAAGAAGGCCGGGGCGGGCGGCAAGAACAGCCAGGCGAGCAACGCGGGCACGGCGCGGUACUUCAGCGAGGGGGAUAGCGUGCUCGUCGCUCAGGGCGUGUCGGGCGCGGUGGCGCACCGCGGCUCCAUCGGCAAGUUCGUGCCGUACCUCGCGGCGGGCCUCAAGCACUCGAUGCAGGACUGCGGCAUGCGCAGCCUCCGCGAGCUGCACGAGAGCGCGUCCAACGGCAGCCUCCGCUUCGAGGUCCGGACGGCGAGCGCCCAGCUCGAGGGCGGCGUCAACAUGGAGAGCUACGAGAAGAAGCUCUACGCUUAGUUUGGCUCGCCGCGAUUUGCACAUAUCUAUCCGCACACACGCACACGCACAUAUACGCACAGAGCUUUUCUGUGUCUCCAGUACGUCUCAAUCAGCAGGCAGGAAGGCGUUCACAAAACAACCGAAAAUAGUCCGAGAGAGAGAGAGAGAGAAAAGCUCCGCGCACGGUUGACAGGCCGGUUCGAGCAGAAACACGAAUGGGAACGGAGCAGGGGGGAUGGCGGCACACCGGUUGCGGAUGGGAAUCGAUGGUUUGGACAGGAGAAAUACCAAAAAGUAGGGCUCGUCCCUUUCCGCCGAGUCUUGUAAGAGACGGGUGUCCUGUGUUUGCGGCGGGCCGAGUGGGGGGGGAACGGGGGGAUAACAGGGAAGGAAGCAGGAAAAGGAGAAGGAAAAGGAGAAGGAAAAGGAGAAGGAAAAGGAGAAGGAAAAGGAAAAGGGGGGGACGAGAGACGGAAAGGGGGAUACCUACCUCUCCUCUCUCUCUUCCUUAAAUCACUACCAUAGGCAUUUUUUUUUACGAUAGGGGUUCUUUCUCUCUCUUCUUUUUUUGGGGGCCCACGCUACUCGAUGAUACCAAUUAAUGCAUUUACGGCGUUUUGUGUUUUUUUUUUCUGGGUCGGCGGAUAGAGGAUAGGGGGGGCAGGUCAUGUCGGAUCGGACCG